CAAAUCUUAUCCGUCUCCCCGAGUCGAGCGCGAGAGACGGGAGAGCGCAAACCUGUCCGCGAUCGUUUCGUCCGCAUCCGACUGGCCUUUCGGGGUAGCGUGUGCGCGUUCGCGCGAUCACCACGGAGGCACGGAGGACUGUUGUGCUUGUGGGAAAAGAUAUUACGCUUUGCCAUCGGUCAAAGGAUAAAGGAGGGAAAACGAAAGAGUGGCAAGGAAAGGAAAAAACAAAGAAAGAAAGAAAGAGAGAAAGAGAGAGAGAGAGAGAGAGAGGGAAAGAGGCACACGCUGGAAAGAACUCAACUGGCCGCACUCGAGCGUGUGCGUGUGUGCGCGCGCGCGCUCUGUGGGAUAACGGCGAUCAGCCGUACUCUGGUGACACGAGCCCAUGAACUCUUUCGCGAGCGACCGAAGAAUUCCUCCUCCUUCUUCUGCUCCCUUCCAUCCUCCCUCCCGUACGUAUAAACUUGGAUGAUUUCGCGCGUCUAAGCGUCAUCUCUCUUCCCUCUUUCAUUUUCACCGAGCCGUCCACACAUUUCUUCACUCUCGUUACAUCUAAAGGGAUACCAUACGUAACCGGAGAAAACGGGGGAGAAAGAGAGAGAGAGAGAGAGAAAGAAAGAAAGAAAGAAAGAGAUAGAGAGUGAUAUCGAGAAUCGUGUAAUAGUCGUGAUCUCGCACGCGGCUCGACCGCUUCCGUAAUGGAGGAACAGUCAUCGGUGUGUGUUGUCGUCGUCGUCGUGCGCAAGGAGGACGGUUGCCACGGCGAUGCUCGUCGGUGUGGCUGAAACCGGACGGAUUUUUUUUUUUCGUUUGGGAUCAACGUGCCUGGCCGGCCGGCCGGGUGACUGACAAGGACAGUGCGAAAAUUUGAUAUGGGAUCGUCCAGGGUCUUCGACUCGGCUCGGCCUCGCAACCGUCUGUGACAACCACUGGCCGCUUUGAGUAGUGAAAGAGGAAGAAGGAGAUAGUUAAGCUAGUUAUAGGAGGAAAGGAGAAGUGAGAGGAGGAACGUUCGAAGAUUAAAAUUAUCGUUAAAUCGUCGUCCUGUCAGGAUGCAGAAGAGAGACGGCAGGGAUGGCCGCGAGAAGGAGCUCGGCCGUGGCUCCGAUCGCGAUCAGCAGGACGCGGCGAAAAGGACCUCCCGUGGUAGUGGUAACGCCACGAGGUCCAAUGUCCAUUCCUCGAGGCAUAGUGUCACCUCUUCAUCCGCUGUGCUGAUGGUUGGCCCGAAUUUUCGGGUCGGCAAGAAAAUUGGCUGUGGUAACUUCGGGGAACUUCGACUCGGGAAGAACCUCUACAAUAACGAGCACGUAGCAAUAAAAAUGGAACCAAUGAAGUCGAAGGCGCCACAGCUACAUUUAGAAUAUAGGUUUUACAAAUUAUUAGGUACACAUGUCAAUAAUGUACGUGCAGAGGGUAUACCGGAGGUGUAUUACUUUGGCCCAUGUGGGAAGUACAACGCUCUGGUAAUGGAACUCCUUGGUCCGAGUCUCGAAGAUCUCUUUGACCUCUGUGGGAGGAGGUUUACUCUCAAGACCGUUCUUAACAUUGCCACACAACUCCUCCAUAGGAUAGAGUACGUCCACAGUCGACAUUUGAUUUAUCGUGAUAUCAAGCCAGAGAAUUUCUUGAUAGGACGAUGUACGACUAAACGGGAAAAGAUUAUUCAUAUAAUCGAUUUUGGAUUGGCCAAAGAGUACAUAGAUCUGGAUACGAAUAAACACAUACCGUAUCGGGAACACAAGAGUCUUACUGGAACGGCGCGUUAUAUGAGUAUCAACACCCACCUUGGAAAAGAGCAAAGCAGAAGAGACGACCUGGAGGCAUUAGGACACAUGUUUAUGUACUUCCUACGUGGUAGUUUACCUUGGCAAGGAUUAAGAGCCGAGACGUUAAAGGAACGAUAUCAGAAAAUUGGGGAUACGAAAAGGGCAACACCCAUUGAGGUUCUUUGCGAUGGACAUCCCGAGGAGAUGGCUACGUAUCUUAGAUACGUACGCAGGUUGGACUUUUUUGAGACACCGGAUUACGAGUACCUGAGGAAGCUCUUCCAUGAUCUCUAUGAGAGACGAGGCUUCGUCAACGAUGGCGAGUUCGAUUGGACCGGCAAGACAAUGCCACCCAACUUCGAGCAGCUCAGGGCAUUGAGACUGGCAGCACCUUCUCAUAUCAAGAAAAAUAAAUCUGAUAAGUCCACACCGGUUGGAUCGCUACAAACGGGCCACGAAAUCGUCGUGUCACCGAAUCGCGAUCGGCAUCCAACAACGUAUAAGGACGCGGCAGGUGGAGGGGUGGGAGGCGGGGGCGUAAAGGGGGUGGGAACCACAUGGCCAGACGCAGUGAAGCAAUCAGGAGCCGGUGGUACAUUGACACCUGCUGAUAGGCAUGGUUCCGUUCAGGUUGUUUCGUCGACGAACGGAGAAUUGGCUAAUGAUGAUCCAACUGCGGGUCAUUCUAACACGCCAAUUACCGCACCACAAGAAGUGGAUAUGAUCGAUGAAACCAAUGUUUGCUUCAUUUCCAGAUGCUGUUGCUUCUUCAAGCGGAAGAAGAAGAAAAGUGGAAGGCAGAAAUAACUGUCCGAUACCGUCGGUAUUGGGCGGUCAGUACAACAGUGCGCGAAUAAUAGUGCUGAUGGAUUUGGAGAUCGAGUCCCUGGAACGGCGAGAAUCUGCAAAGGCGGAAGAGACGGCGGGAAAGGUGGAGGCGAAGAUGGAGGUGGAGGUGGAGGUGGUGGUAGUGGUGCUCAAGAUAGAGAUACUACUACAACUACUGCUGCUGCUGCUGCUGUUGCUGUUACUGCUGUUACUGCUAUUGCUACUGUUGCUAGUACUACCGCCGUUACUACCGUCGCUGGAGCCACUGGAGAUCCUGAAAAAGAAGUUAUCACUCUCCUACGUGCUGGAAGUCGAUCGGCUUCGAGAGAUUCGGUGCUGCAUACCAACGUCACGUUGACACCCACGCCGACUCCGCCACCGUUUUCAAAUUGAGCCACCACAUAGCCAUUAUUAUUGCUGCUAUUAUUAUUAUUAUUAUUAUUAUUAUUAUUAUUAUUAUUAUUAUUAUUAUUAUUAUUAUUAUUAUUUUCUUCCUCUUUUUUUUUAUUGUCGACAUCUCCAAUGAUUUUGCCUUUUCCAUUUACUUGUACGGUUAUUAAUUAUUAAUUAUUAAUUAUUAAUUAUUAAUUAUUAUUAUUCAUUAUUAUUAUUAUUAUUACCUUAUUAUUAAUAUUAUUAUUGCUAUUAUUAUUAUUAAUAUUAUUAUUAAUAUUAUUAUUAUAAAGCACCAUUACAUACACAUUGCCAUCAUUGUCGUCGUUAUCGUCAUCAUCAUCGUCAUCAUCAUCGUCAUCGUCAUCGUUAUCAUCGUCAUCAUCAUCAUCAUCAUCAUUAAUAAUAAUAUCUCCGGUCAACGUACAUUUAUUAUGAACUUUGUUAUCAAUGUUGUCAGUGCUGACUGAGAAUAGCCACAAGCCGUCGGCUCUCUGACCAUUUCAAUAGAGAUAAGCGGUCAUCCACGUGUGUGUAGGAGUAAGGAAUUGACGUACCGAAGGUGAAAAGAAUGCGUUUGUGCCUACGACUCUCUUCUUGUAUUGCGAGUGGCAUUGUUUAUAUACGCCGUUAAUAUAAUGAUAUGUGAACGUGUCACGAUUGAUCAUUAUUAUUACGUAUUUAAAAUCUCGUCACAAAGUGAGAAAUCAAUGCUGAGCUCUCUCGUUGUAAUGGGAAACCUGAAAAUUAUCGAGCGUAGCGUAUUUCUCGUAAUGAAAAUUUACAUUCGUAUGAAGUCUGAUUAUAAAUGCGAAAGGCAUGAAACUGAAAUACGUUAGCAACAGCAACAACAGCAGCAGCAUUAACAUCCUACUUCAAUAAUUCCUAGAUGCACUGAACGGAGUGAAAAUAAUAUAUAUAUAUAUAUAUAUAUAUAUAUAUAUAUAUAUAUAUAUAUAUAUAUAUGUACACACACAUACAUAUACACAUACACAAAUGAGAGAAAUUUUUUUUCGUUUGUUUUUAUAGCAAUUGAAGGAGAAAUAUAUAAUGCGUUGUAUUGAAAGAAUAAACGUAAACGUGUAACUUAA